CGAUCUCCCGCCAUUUGAGAUUCGCCAUUUGUUACCUUCGAUGUUAGGUUACCGCGCUUUUGCGCGUUGUUGAAUUUUGCUUAGCAUUUCACUUGACAAAAAACACAGACAUGUCUAACCCGUCGGUAGACAAGGAAGCCUUCCACAGGCGCAUCAAGCGUCUGUACACACACUGGAAAAAGGCAGCAGACGAUGAUCCGUUUAUGAAAAUUGAUGCGAUGGUUGUUGCUGUUGGCGUGGACGAAGAUAUAGUGUACAGUAAGUCGACCUCGAUCCAGACGUGGCUAUUCGGCUACGAACUUACCGACAUGAUCAUGGUUCUGUGCGAAGAGCAGAUUCUGUUCCUGGCGAGCAAGAAAAAGGCUGAGUUCCUUAAACAGGUUGAGGUCGGCAAGGAGAACGAGAACGGGGUUCCUCCGAUCACGCUGCUGAUUCGCGACAAAGCCGACAAGGACAAAGCGAACUUCCAACGACUGAAUGACGCGAUAAAGAAGAGUCGCUCUGGGAAGACGAUCGGAGAGUUCGUGAAGGACAAGUUCCCCGGGGAGUUCCUCGAACAUUGGCGCGGUUCGCUGGAGAAGGGCGGUUACGAAUUCGUGGACGUGAGUCACGCGGUCGCCUACCUGAUGGCCGUUAAGGAGGAGAGCGAGAUGGCGCUCAUCAAGAAGUCAUGUCUCGUCACCUGCACCGUCUUCAGCAAGUACUUCAAGGAGCAGGUGAUGGAGAUCGUCGACGCGAACAAGAAAGUCCGCCACGUUAAGAUCGCGGACGGAAUCGAGGAGGCCAUCACGAACAAGAAGUUCACGCAGGGCGUCGACCCGGCGCAGAUCGAGAUGUGCUACCCGCCGAUCGUGCAGAGCGGCGGCAACUACAGCCUCAAGUUCAGCGUGAUGAGCGACAAGAACAACAUGCACUUCGGCGCGAUCGUGUGCGCGUUCGGAACACGCUACCGCUCCUACUGCUGCAACAUCGUGCGAACACUCAUGGUCGACCCGACGCAGGCCAUGCAGGACAACUACGAGUUCCUUGUCGCCGUGGAGGAGGAUGUGAUCGCGAGGCUGAAACCCGGAGCGCGAUUCGCCGAUGUCUACGCCGAGGCUGUGCGCGCGGCGAAGGAGAAGAAACCCGCACUCGUCGACAAACUCACGCGAAACUUCGGCUUCGUGAUGGGAAUAGAGUUCCGCGAGGGGGCGCUACUGAUCGGCGCCAAGUCGACGGCCGUCGUCCGCCGCGGGAUGGUCUUCAACGUCAACGUCGGGCUCGCGGGUUUGAAGAACGAGGGCGCCACCGACAAGCACGCGCAGACGUACGCGUUGUUCGUCGGGGACACGGUCGUCGUCGGCGACGGCGAGGCGGAGGCUGCGAGCCUGCUUACGCCGGUGAAGAAACGCGUGAAGCACGUCGGCAUCUUCCUGAAGGACGAGGACGAAGACGACGAGAGCGGCGACGAGGUGAACGGCAACGAGAGGGCGCCGGCGUUGCUCGGCCGCGGGAAGCGCGGAGCCGUCCUCGACAGCAAGCUGCGGCACGAGAUGACGGCCGACGAGCGGAGGAAGGAACACCAGGUGGAGCUGGCGAACAAGCUGAACGAAGACGCGAAGGACCGGCUCGCGAAGCAGAACAAGAAGGAGAACGCGCCGAAGUCAUCAAAGUCGAACGUCUCCUACAAGAGUCACUCGAUGAUCCCGCGCGAGGCGGAGAUACGCGAACUGAGGCUGUUCGUGGAUCGCAAGUACGAGACGGUGAUCCUUCCCGUGUGCGGGAUCCCCGUGCCGUUCCACAUCUCCACGAUCAAGAACAUCAGCCAGUCGAUCGAGGGUGACUACACGUACCUCCGCGUCAACUUCCACCACCCCGGCUCGUCGAUGGGCCGCAGCGAGGGCAACCUCUUCGCGAACCCGGAGGCGACCUUUCUCAAGGAGGUGACGUACCGCAGCAGCAACAUCAAGGAGCAUGGCGACGCGACGGCGUCCUCGGCCAACCUCAACACGGCCUUCCGACUCAUCAAGGACGUGCAGAAGAAGUUCAAGACGCGGGAAGCCGAGAUGAAGGAGAUGGAAGGCAUCGUCAAGCAGGACAAACUCGUCAUCAAUCCAAACCGCGGAAACCCGAAGCUGAAGGAUCUGUACAUCCGGCCGAACAUUGUGCACAAGCGCAUCAGCGGGACGCUGGAGGCGCACACUAACGGAUUCCGUUUCACGUCCGUGCGCGGCGACAAGGUCGACGUUCUCUACAACAACAUCAAGCACGCGUUCUUCCAGCCGUGCGACGGAGAGAUGAUCAUCCUGCUGCACUUCCACCUGCGCAACGCGAUCAUCUUCGGAAAGAAGAAGCACACGGACCUGCAGUUCUACACGGAGGUCGGCGAGAUAACGACCGACCUCGGCAAGCACUCUCACCUGCACGACCGCGACGACCUGCACGCGGAGCAAGCGGAGAGAGAACUCCGCCACAAGCUCACGUCGGCGUUCAAGAGCUUCUGCGAGAAGGUCGAGACGCUCACGAAGCAGGAGGUCGAGUUCGACACGCCGUUCCGCGACCUGGGGUUCGCCGGCGCCCCCUACCGGAGCACGGUGCUGUUGCAGCCGACGAGCAGCUGUCUGGUGACGCUCACGGAGUGGCCGCCGUUCGUUAUCUCCCUCGACGAUCUAGAACUCGUUCACUUUGAGCGCGUUCAGUUCCACCUGAAGAACUUCGACAUGGUGUUCAUCUUCAAGGACUACCACCGCAAGACGGUCAUGGUAAACUCCGUGCCCAUGAACAUGCUGGAGAACGUGAAAGAGUGGCUGAACUCCUGCGACAUCCACUACACCGAGGGCAUACAGAGCCUCAACUGGGGCAAGAUCAUGAAGACGAUCUGCGAAGAUACGGAUGGAUUCUUCGAGAACGGAGGCUGGACGUUCCUGGAGCCGGAGAGCGGGGACGAGGGGGACGACGACGACGAGGAGGAGGAAGACAACGUGUACGCGCCGAGCGGCAGCGCGAGCGAGUUGGACGAGUCGAGUGAGGAUUACUCCGAGGCGAGCGAAUACACGGAGUCGGAGAGCGAGGAGGAGGAGCUGGGAAGCAGCGAGGAGAGCGGGAAGGACUGGGAUGAGCUCGAGGAGGAGGCACGGAAGGCCGACCACGAGGCGCUGUACGAAGAACCGACGCCGACGAAGAAACGCAAGCGCAUCCCCGCCAAGCCUUCGCCGUCGAAGAAACGCCGCCGGUAGGGUCGCCGUCUCGGACGUCACGCCGAAGGAAAACAUUCCGAGAGAGAGUGAGCGUGCGGACGAGAGACUGCAUCUUGCGUUCUCAUAUCGUCAUAUGUCGUACGAGCGAUCGAGCCGGUGCUGUCUGCGUGCGUGGAAUCGUUGCACACAUCACUCGCUCUUGAACUCGCAUGAACGCUAAGCGUGCGUGGACGCGCGCGUGUGACCUGCACGCGAUCGGAAACCACGGCUAUAGCCAUCGCAACGUCCCGCUGAUAGCUUUCUAGCCGUCACCGUUGCGACCGCUUCACCGGAUUGGUCGGAUAGUAUGUCGCCGCGUCACAAGGACCGCUUCUACGGAGUCGUACUCAUUGGAUUAUGAAGAUCAGUACGACUCGUAGCCCACAACGGAGGCUUUCGCCCCGAGUGAUCUUUUUGCUGCAGUUGCGUUUUGACCAAAGCGUUGUUAUAUGAGCGAGUUCGAACGUUGAUUUUUGAUAUUAACUUGCGCGUUUUUUGAUUCGUCGUCACUGUCGCCGGGGGUAACGUGAUGCUCAUAUACGCACGCGCAAUGAGUAUCAGUCAUUGUUGUACGCGGGAGAUGCGGUAGCGCCAUCUGUCGGUGGAUGGGAAGCGCCGGCAAUUCAACGAUAGAUGCAUGACAGCUGUCGUGCGGAAUGGCUGCGGGUGACGCCACCUAUUGGCUGGCUGGUUGAUAUAUACAUACAAUAGGGAACUGCAGCACCCAUAGUUAUACAAGUGGAUUAUUACCUUUGCUGUCGUGUAUUUUGUACAUAGUACCUUUACUGGGCAAAAUAGGUCAACGCACACUAAUACACGUGCCAGAGUCGGGCGCGCGCUUGUAGUUCUCGUUUGCCCAACUAGAUGGCGUAAGCGUGUGUGUGUGUGUGUGUGCGAGCAACUGAUCUGAGAUGGCGCGUAACGUUGGUCACGGCUACCAAAGUCCCCGCGCCGGUCUUUCCCCGUGUGAGAUUUGCUGUUCGCUGCUAGUUUCGCGAGUAGAAUCUUCUCAGAAUGUCAUUGGUGAAGGAUUUGCGUCGGCGGCAGUGGUGGCCGGGAGAGAGAGAGAGAGCUACUGUCCUGCGACAUUAGAUGAGGGGCAACUACUGUAUACGCUGUAUAUUUCGCGGUGGUUUCAUUUUCGCGAAUUUCGCGAACGCGUCCCCGACCACGAAAAUAACAACGCGCUGUUCUUCGCCGAUUCAUGAAUUCACAGACCGCGAAAUUGUCCGUCAAGUCUGAAUUCACGAAAAAUAUGGCGUAUACAGUAUGCUGGCCCCACGGAUCCUCCCUCCCGUGCCUGUGUUUGCGGUUUAUUUGUGAGCUUCUCGUAGUAAACCGGUAGGUUGGCACAGAGGUCAGCAGCUGCUUGGCUUGGUAUGCGCGUAGGAUGAGGGGAUGAGGGUAACGUGCCAUCGUCAUCUUUGCUGUAAAUUGUUUCUCUGUGUAUCUCAUCGGUGUGUAACUGUUUCGUACUGUGUCGACAGAGUCGUACCGCUGUUUGUGCUGAAUGAGAAUUUGUAGAAUGAAAUAAAUAUUCGUAAUUCACUGUUUAUUAUAAAAAGACAUUA